CCAGCUGGCCUGGAGUAUGUAAGAUCUAGCAUUUGUAUUUUUUUAUUUUAUUUUAUUUUAUUUUAAGGCACGAGCCAUCUCUUAGUUUUCUUAGACUGCAUGGGAGUCUUUUUACUUUUCAGGAGAAGAAUCGAACCCCAGGAGUUCGGAGCCUUCUUUGACCCUCAGUUACUUCGGAAGGAGACCUGCCUGCUCUAUGAGAUCAACUGGGGCGGAAGGCGCAGCGUCUGGCGGCACACGGGCCAGAACACCGACAAACACGUGGAAAUCAAUUUCAUAGAAAAAUUUACCUCGGAAAGAUACUUUUGUCCGUUCACCAGAUGCUCUAUCACCUGGUUCCUGUCCUGGAGUCCCUGCGGGGAAUGCUGCAGAGCCAUUGCAGAAUUUCUGAGUCGGUACCCCAACGUGACUCUGUUCAUCUACGUGGCACGGCUUUAUUACCACACGGAUGAGCGAAACCGGCAAGGGCUCAGGGACCUCUGUCGCAGAGGUGUGACUAUCCGGAUCAUGACGGAGCAAGAGUGUUACUACUGCUGGAGGAAUUUUGUCAACUACUCACCUUCGAACGAGGCUCACUGGCCAAGGUACCCACAUCUGUGGGUGAGGAUGUAUGUCCUGGAACUCUACUGCAUCCUUUUAGGACUUCCACCCUGCUUAAAGAUUUUAAGAAGAAACCAAAAUCAGCUCACAAUUUUUAAUCUUGCUUUUCAACACUGCCAUUUCCAAAGGCUGCCGUACUACAUCUUCUAGGCUACAGGGUCGAAAUGAACCCUGGGAGAUGGAGACGAACACAAUGACAGCAAGUGUACUGUUUUGACAAGAGCAAUGAUGGCCCACUAAAGAGCGACUGCCAUGAAGAAUCUAGAAACUGAGUGGGAGCUGUCGUCCGUGGGUAGAGCCCUAGUUACACACACGAGGCUCUGGGUUCAAAGUCCAGAAAAGCAGAGAAUAUAGAAAUUGAGCCAGGAAUGGUUGCACACUCCUGUGAUGCCAACAACUUGCGAGGCAGAGGCACCAGAUCUCUGUGAGUUCAAGGCCAGCCUGGUCUAUAUAGCAAGACCCCCCCCCAGGCCAGCCUAGGACUAUGCAGUAGAUGCUGUCUAAAAAAACAACCCCCACCCCCAAAUCAACAAUUUAGAAAUUGAAGAGUCAGGUAAGUUGGUCCAUUCCUGUAAGCCCAGUAAUGGAGUGGUUGAGGCAGGAGAAUGAUAAUUCAAAGUCGUCUUGAGUGACACAUUAAGUCUGACAUCAGCCUCGACAGUUACGACUUUCGGUGUGCCAAGUCCAUCGGGUUAUGCCAGGAGCCAGCAGACAACACCUCAUGCCAGCUUGCAUGGUGGAGUCACUCAGACCGGCUCAGUCACUUGCCUGCCUCACCCUCCAAAGGCUGUCAUGGCAUGCCAGCAGUCCCCGGGACCUUCCUAACUUCUGACAAAAAUCUAUCUAUGCAUUUUCAUGAAAAUAAAAACCAAAACGCCUGUACUUA